UGGAUGAAAUUGGAGCACGAUUUGUGUAAAAUUCUACAGGGGAUACAAUACCUUUGGAACCGGAACUAGGAGCCUUUGUCCUGCUGUAAGAGAAUGGAAGAAACACAGAAGCGAUGGACCUGCAAAAUAGGAAUCCUACAAUGUCUUAUCAUGAUGUUUGUCUGGAAGGCUGUUACUGGGCAGAUCCACUAUUCCAUUCCUGAAGAGAUGCACAAGGGCUCCUUUGUGGGGAAUAUUGCUAAAGACCUGGGAAUGGACAGGCAGCAGUUUUCAGACCAGGGGCUCCGCAUUAUUCCCAACGCAGGUAAGAGUCAGUAUUUUACCUUGAAUGUCAACAGUGGACAUUUGCAAACCUCUGAGAGAAUUGACAGGGAGGAAAUCUGUGGAAGAGCAGAAAAAUGCAUCUUAAAGUUCCAGGUUCUCAGUGAAAGUAAACUGAAGCUUUAUGGUAUUGAAGUGGAAAUUACAGACAUAAAUGAUAAUGCUCCCCACUUCCCAGUUGAGGAACAGGAACUAGAGAUCAAUGAGGCUUCUGCACCAGGAUUCCGGGUCCCAUUGCCUGAAGCCUGGGAUCCAGAUUUGGGACUAAAUUCUGUACAGGACUACAAACUUACUGGCAGUGACCAUUUUUUCCUGGAUGUUCACGUAGGGGAAAAUAGUGUCAAACACAUUAAACUGGUCGUGGCAGAACCUCUUGACAGGGAGAAGCAAUCAGCUUACAAUCUCAUCCUCACAGCUAGUGAUGGAGGUGACCCAAUCAGAUCCGGCACUAUGGAAGUCAAAGUGAAAGUUCUGGAUGCAAACGACAACGCGCCGGUUUUCAGUCAAGCAUUUUAUGAAUUGGGUGUUGAAGAGAAUAUUCCUAUAGGAUCCCAUGUAGCUACUAUAAGUGCCACUGAUCCUGAUGAUGGGAUAUAUGGGGAGAUAAAAUAUUCCCUUACACCAACUACAAAACUUAACCUUCCAAUUUUUUGGAUUAAUUCCACAACAGGUGAAAUUACUCUUCUAGGCAACCUUGAUUAUGAGGAAUCAUCUUUCUAUGAAUUUGAAAUACAAGCAAAAGAUGGAGGAGGACUGAGUGACAGAUCAAAGAUUGUUUUCUCUGUUACAGACAUGAAUGAUAAUGCACCUGAAUUGGCAGUUAGCUUUGUCACCCACACUUUGCUAGAAAAUUCACCCCCCAGAACUGUCAUUGCCAUUUUGAAUGUACAAGAUCGAGAUUCAGGAAUCAAUGGAGAAAUGACAUGCUCAGUCCCCAACAACAUCCCCUUCCAGCUAAAGAAGUCUGUUGAUAACUUUUACAGUCUGGAAACUGAGGGUGUCCUUGACAGGGAACGAGUGUCAUCUUUCAAUAUCACCAUCACAGUUACUGACCAUGGAAUCCCUCCUCUUUCUACAUCUACGGUAAUUCCACUACGUAUUUUAGAUGCAAAUGAUAACCCACCAGUAUUUGAGAAAUCCCAUUAUACAUUCUACUGUGUUGAGAAUAACAACAGAGGAUCCUUGGUGUUUUCAUUAAGAGCAGAUGAUGCAGACUGGGAAGAGAAUGCCAGAAUUGCUUAUUCCAUCCUUGACAAUCAGAUGGGGAUAGAGCUGGCUCCUCACUCCUCAGAGCCUGGUUACCUGGUCACUAAGGUAGUGGCCGUGGAUGCAGAUUCUGGCCAGAAUGCUUGGCUCUCUUACCAGUUGACCAAGGCCACGGAGCCUGGGCUGUUCACUGUGGGACUCCAUACUGGAGAGAUCAGGACAGCUCGGUUCUUUCUGGAGAAGGACACCCUCAGGCAAAGCCUGGUGAUUUUGGUCAAGGACAAUGGGCAACCAUCUCUUUCUGCCUCAGUGACAGUGACUGUGGUGCUUGCUGACAACAUUCCUGAAAUUCUAUCAGAUCUGACCAACAUUUCAGCUCCCUUAGAUGCUCCAUCAGAUCUCACCUUCUACUUGGUAGUUGCUGUGGCCUUUGUUUCCUGCCUAUUCUUCACUUUCCUCCUUGUUUUGCUGGCCCUGAAGUUGUACAGAUGGAGAAAUACUCAGCUUCUUGAAUCAGGGAGUGUGAAUUUCAGUGGUGUUCCUGUGUCACAGUUUGUGGGGAUUGACGGAGUCCGAGCUUUUCUCCACUCUUAUUGCCAUGAGGUUUCUCUGACUAGGGACUCUAGGAAAAGUCAGUUUAACAUUUCAAAGGCAAACUAUUCAGGUACUCUAAAUAAUCAAGGGAUGUAUGAAGGAAAGGAUCCUAUUUUAUCUCAUGAGGAUUUAAAUCAAAGUGAUGCAGUUGCAGUCCUACUCUAA